UCAUCGCGUUUCGCGAAACGCAUCAAACCUUCUUCGGUGAAUCACUAAACGACAACAAGUAAGCCGAUGGGUCCCAUGAGACCCUUGCUCACAGCACGUUACUGUUUGAGCCCGGCAUUAAAGUAUAGCGUCGUCUCGCGCCUUAACGCCGAUAGGAAAUAUUUCCUACACCUUCUUCACUUCGCUCCUCCCCUUGCCAUUGUUUUCUUUCCGACACUCCUUUGUUUCCCUAACGCCCAGAGCGUCCUCUCUGCGGCCCGCCCAGCACUUCUUCUCGCCUGAUCCCGCUGGCGAGUCCCGUCAAUUGCGCCACCAUGGAGAAGGCCAACGUCCCUUUGAGUACUACCGCGCUGCGCGAAGAGCCAGAGAGCGUGCCUAGAGAGAAAGAAGUCGAGCCUAUUCGCGCCGAUAGCGAAAGCGCCACUACCAUUUCGAGCAGCGCUGGCGAGAAGAGCGCCCAGCCUGCCGAACAGCAUGAUACUGGUGUCAACAUCUCGCGCGCAGAGGCCGAGUUCGCAGCCUUGAACCGUGAAUUCUCCAGGACUAGCCAGUUGAGCCGCACCAAGUCCCGCCAGAGUCGCAAAGGCGCCACCGAUAUCGAAAAAGCCGUUGAUGAGGAGACCGGCUCGGAAGAGCCCUUUGAUCUGGAGACGGUCCUCAGAGGCAACCGCGAUGAGGAGGAGAGAGCCGGUAUCAAAUCGAAGCGUAUUGGUGUGGUGUUUGAAGACUUGACUGUCAGCGGCAUAGGCGGCGUCAAAAAUUACGUCAAAACCUUCCCCGAUGCAUUCGUUUCCUUCUUCAAUGUUUUUGCCACAGUCCAAAGUCUCCUGGGGCUCGGCAAGAAGGGUCGCGAGUUCGAUAUCCUCAAAGACUUCAGAGGUGUCGUGAAGCCUGGAGAAAUGUGUCUGGUACUUGGUAGACCCGGAAGCGGAUGCACGACCUUCCUCAAGGUUGCAUCGAACCAGCGUUACGGGUACACCAAGGUCGAUGGCAAGGUCCUGUACGGUCCUUUUGAGAGCGAUUUCUUCGAGAAGCGCUACAGGGGAGAGGCUGUCUAUUGUGAGGAAGAUGAAAACCAUCAUCCCACUCUUACCGUCGGUCAAACCCUGGAUUUUGCGCUCGAGACCAAGGUCCCUGGCAAGCGACCCGCAGGUGUGUCGCGCAAGGACUUUAAGGAGCGAGUCAUAGACCUCAUGCUCAAGAUGUUCAACAUCGAACACACCCGGAACACCAUCGUUGGAAACCCUUUCGUACGUGGAGUUUCGGGAGGCGAACGCAAGCGUGUUUCAAUUGCUGAGACGAUGAUCACCGGUGCAUCGGUCAUCUCGUGGGAUAACUCGACCCGUGGUUUGGAUGCCUCCACCGCUGUCGAUUAUGCCCGAUCACUUAGGGUACUCACCAACAUCUACAAGACCACGACAUUUGUGUCCCUCUACCAGGCGUCUGAGAACAUCUACAAGGUGUUUGACAAGGUGCUGGUUAUCGACAGUGGGCGGCAGGUGUAUUUCGGACCCACUAAAGACGCUCGAGCUUACUUCGAAGGGCUCGGGUUCCUGGAAAAACCGCGUCAAACAUCACCGGACUAUUUAACUGGAUGCACAGAUCCGUUCGAGCGCGAAUACCGGGCUGGUAGGAGCGAAAAAGAUGUACCCAGUUCACCCGAUGCGCUCGCUGAAGCUUACAAGAAUUCUCAGAUCGCUGCUGACUGUAAUGCUGAGAUUGCUGCCUACCACACCCAGAUGGCUGAAGAGAAGGAGGUACACGAUGAGUUCAUGACCGCGGUGCAGGAGAGCAAGCGACAUGCGCCGAAGAAAUCCGUUUACUCGAUUCCGUUCUAUCUGCAAGUCCAAGCUUUGUUCAAACGCCAAUUCUUGCUUAAAUGGCAGGAUAAGUUUACUCUCGUCACCUCCUGGGCUACCUCUAUCAUCAUCGCUAUCGUCAUUGGAACUGUCUGGCUCAAUCUCCCCACCACUUCGGAUGGCGCCUUCACCCGAGGUGGAGUGCUUUUUAUCGCUCUUUUGUUUAACGCUUUCAACGCCUUCUCGGAAUUGCCAGGUGUCAUGUUGGGACGACCAAUCGUCAACAAGCAUCGAGCGUUCACUUUCCACCGUCCGUCCGCUUUAUGGGUAGCUCAAAUUGGUGUUGAUCUGCUGUUCUCUUCAGCACAGAUCCUGGUUUUCAGCAUCAUAGUCUACUUUAUGACCGGACUGGUACGGGACGCUGGCGCCUUCUUUAUCUUCGUUCUCAUGAUCAUCACCGGAUACUUGGCUAUGACUUUGUUCUUCCGUACCGUCGGUUGCCUGUGUCCGGACUUCGAUGUCGCUAUCCGUUUAGCUGCGACCAUCAUCACGCUGUUUGUGCUGACCUCUGGCUACAUUAUCCAAUACCAGAGCGAACAAGUUUGGCUCCGCUGGAUCUUUUACAUCAAUGCGCUGGGGUUGGCCUUUUCAGCUUUGAUGAUGAACGAGUUCGGACGCCUUGACCUGACUUGCGCUGGUACCUCUCUGAUUCCCAAUGGCCCUGGUUAUGGUGACAUCAACUCUCAGGUGUGCACAUUGGCCGGUAGUACAGCUGGCACUACGUCGGUUUCCGGUUCCGACUACAUUCGUAUUGGGUUCUCUUACCUAACGAGCGACCUUUGGAGGAAUUGGGGCAUCAGUGUUGUUCUCAUCGUUGCGUUCUUGACUGCGAACGUGUUCCUUGGAGAGUACGUAAAAUGGGGCGCGGGAGGUCGUACUGUAACUUUCUUCCUCAAGGAAAACAAGGAAUUGAAGGAAUUGAACGAAAAGCUUCGGGUGAAACGGGACAAACGAAAUCGCAAAGAGGAAGACACCGAUGCGAGCUCUGGCUUGAAGAUCACCUCCAAGGCCGUACUCACCUGGGAGGAUCUUUGCUACGAUGUCCCUGUCCCAUCUGGUCAAUUACGUCUGCUGAAUAACAUCUUUGGCUACGUUAAACCAGGACAACUCACGGCCCUAAUGGGUGCAUCCGGAGCUGGCAAGACAACACUGCUGGACGUGCUCGCAGCACGGAAAAACAUUGGUGUCAUUGGCGGCGAGAAGCUUGUUGAUGGUAAAGCGCCUGGCAUUGCCUUCCAGAGAGGUACUGCGUAUGCCGAACAACUCGACGUUCAUGAACCUGCCCAGACUGUCCGCGAGGCUCUUCGCUUCUCUGCCGACUUACGCCAGCCAUUCGAGACCCCCCAGGAAGAGAAAUACGCCUAUGUUGAGGAGGUCAUAUCUCUUCUGGAGAUGGAAGACAUGGCUGAUGCUAUCAUCGGAGACCCAGAGACUGGGCUGGCAGUCGAACAACGUAAACGUGUGACCAUCGGAGUUGAACUUGCUGCUAAACCGGAGCUCCUUCUAUUCUUGGACGAACCUACUUCAGGUCUGGACUCCCAGAGCGCAUUCAACAUCGUACGGUUCCUCCGCAAGCUGGCUGCGGCGGGUCAGGCAAUCUUGUGCACGAUUCAUCAACCGAACUCAGCUCUCUUCGAAAAUUUCGACCGACUUCUAUUGCUUCAACGUGGAGGGCAAUGCGUCUACUUUGGAGACAUUGGCAAGGACGCGCACGCUCUUCUCGAUUACUUCCACCGCCAUGGUGCUGACUGUCCAUCGGAUGCCAACCCCGCCGAAUGGAUGCUCGACGCUAUCGGUGCUGGCUCGACGCCUCGUAUUGGCAAGCACGACUGGGCUGAUGUGUGGCGCGACUCCGCCGAGUUCGCACAGGUCAAGGAAGACAUUGUUCGUAUGAAGGAGGCUCGCAGCGCUGAAGUUGUUGCUGCUGCGCAUGUCGAGCAGAAGGAGUAUGCCACACCACUAUGGCACCAGAUCAAGAAGGUCAAUAAGCGCCAGAACCUGGCCUUCUGGAGAACUCCCAACUACGGCUUUACGCGUCUUUUUAAUCAUGUCAUCAUCGCAUUGUUGACCGGGUUGAUGUACCUCCAGCUCGAUGAUUCCCGAUCCUCGCUCCAGUACCGUGUCUUCGUCAUCUUCCAGGUUACUGUUCUGCCCGCCCUUAUUCUUGCCCAGGUGGAACCCAAGUACGCCAUCUCCCGUAUGAUUUCCUACCGCGAGCAAAUGGCCAAGGCCUACAAGACAUUUCCAUUUGCGCUAUCUAUGGUGAUUGCUGAGAUGCCGUACAACGUUCUUUGCGCUGUCUUUUUCUUCCUGCCUAUCUACUACAUUCCUGGUUUGAACCCCGCUCCGGACCGCGCUGGCUACCAAUUUCUUAUCAUUCUCAUUACUGAGAUCUUCUCGGUUACUCUAGCUCAAGCACUAGCUGCGCUCACUCCGGACCCUUUCAUUUCCUCGCUCAUCAACCCAUUCGUCAUCGUCAUCUUCGCCCUGUUCUGCGGUGUCACGAUUCCAAAGCCACAGAUUCCUGGCUUCUGGAGAGCCUGGCUCUACCAGCUCAACCCGAUGACUCGUCUUGUCGGUGGUAUGAUAGUCACGGAACUACAUGAUCGCAAGGUGGAGUGCGUACCAGUCGAGCUGAACACAUUCAACGCGCCGGACGGACAGACCUGCGGAGAAUACAUGAGCGACUACUUCAAGAACGGCGGUCCAGGCUACAUUGUUGACAACGCUACCGAUAUUUGCCAGUACUGUGCCUAUAAGGUCGGUGACCAGUUCUUCGAGCCGCUUGGUCUUUCGUUCAGCAACCGCUGGCGUGAUCUGGGCAUCAUGGCAGCUUUCAUUGGCUCCAGUCUCUUCCUGCUUUUCAUUGCCGCUCGCUAUCUCAACUUCAACCGCCGGUGAGCAGAUUUGCUCCAUCGCUUCCGUAUACCUCGCCUGCAAUCGACUUUCGACCCGCUACCCAAAGGUCGUUGCAAACUCUCAUCGACAUUAAUCGUUGGAGGCGACGUACGCCGAGCUUUCGACCUAUUGUUAGAAGCCCUGCGUGCAGUGCUCCCUUGCGACAAUGCGCGGCCAAAAGAAGCAGGCACCGUCUUCAAGAUUGUCAACGCCGCUCUGCACCUCCGGCUGACACCAUUCGCAAGGGAUCUCCUCACUAAUGUGUUGUCUAAUGCGCUACCUAAUGCGCCCUGUUUUGAUAUCCUCUCCAAAAGUCUUUCAUAGUGUUAUUGCUAGUACUUGAGCUUCAAUGGGUAAACGGCCAUACAUAUAGAGUGCGUCGCUCCAUAAUGGGCGACGUUUGUAAUCUACACCUGCAUAGUAAAAUGUUACUCGAUAUUCCCC